AUGCCUCUGCGUGUUGAGCGCAGGGGCCAGUACUCUUGCUUUUGCGCGCUGCAGCUGCAAGUGACCCCUGCAAGCUCCGCUGCCGAUGGAUUUGAGCUGCAAGCGAACUUGGCCUCUCUGUUGUCUUGCCUGCACUAUCCGCAGCAGCAGCAGCAAAGACAGGCACCAGGAACGCAGGCAGAAACUGCCAAGGCGCUACAAUCCCCUGCAGUUUCGGGGGAUUCAACGGCAGCGGCGACCACACCGAUCGCAGCAGCCCAAAGAGAACAUUUUUCUUUCUUGUCGAAGGGCACUGAAUUCGCCGCUUCCUUGUGGAGAAACAGCGCAGCCUUGCGAUCUCUUUGCUACGCUGCAGAAUACACGGGGAGGGGAUUCAUCAGCUUCAGACUGAGGGACAGCUUGCUGCUGCACCUGCUGCAACGGCUAGUUGCCGACCCGAAGAGACUCGCUGUUCAACCAGCUGUACGAGCGAACGGCAUCCGCUUGCACUUGGACUAUUUCUCUCCUAAUAUAGGGAAGGAUCUUCACGUGGGACACCUCAGAUCGGCAGUCGUUGGCGACUGUCUUGCGAGGUUGCUGGAAUUCCUCGGAGUGGAUGUGCACCGCAGCUGCCACUUUGGAGACUGCGGUACGCCGGUCGCUGUUUGUCUGGCCGGCCUUCGGGUGUACAGACAGCUGCAGCAGGACAGCAGGGGCAGCCCAGUGAAACGCCACACAGCUUCAGCCGCGCUGCUGCUUCGCAGAGCAGCGGAAGCCGUUGUCGCUGCAACUCCUCCCGAGUGGAGGCCUGCAUUUACGAAGGCCUACGCAGCGGCAAGCACAAAAACUGAUGCACCAGAUGCAGCGGAUGCAACGGCUGCGGAAGGGCUGGCUGUAAGCGACGCAUCCAUGGAGGCUUUCGUCUCGCAUAUGGCCGCUCUGGAUGCAGCACUCAGGAAGCAGCAGUCGCGAGACAGCGCUGCAAAUUCCACCGUUGCAGCAACAACAAGGAACACUCUUGACUGGCAGCAUCUUGCACAGGAAACACAUCCAGAGUCCGCUGUUGACCUCACGGCAACCUACUCGCGGUUUGCACGACAGCUGAGCCUCCUAAAGCUUUCUCCCCAAGCCGCAGAGGGGGAGCUCCUGCAGAUGCCUCGUAUGAAGAAGCUGAUGGAGGCGCUCGCCACGCAGGGUUUACUGCUUACAAACGGCAGCGACGAUGGCAGCAGCAGCAGCUCUACGAGUCCACUGAACGCUGGCCUUCCCCAGGCACACCCAGAGACGCGUUCCUCAUGCCUACUACCGCACGAAAAGCGGCAGCAGCAGCAGCCCGAGGCUGUGGCUCUCCGGAGGCAAGGGGGCUCUUACACCUACAUUGCAACCGAUCUCGCUGCCCUGCAGAAUAGGGUGGAGGCAGGGGCGGGAUGGGUGUUGCAUGUGACGGAUCGCCGCCAGCAGGACCAUUUCCGGCGCUUAUUUCUCUUAGGCAACAAAAUCCUCCAGCACAAAAUUCUCGUUACGGCACACCAGCACAAUCAUCCGCUUGUUCUGCCUACUCAACAGACUCGGCUGCCGCUGCACUGGGGGCAGCAGCAAGUGGUGGCUCAGCCGUCGGUGCCACAGGCGACCCCCCAACAGCGAGACCAGGUGUAUGUACAGCACCUGGGACUUGGGCUGGUGACUGACAUCCAUGGCAGCAAACUUUCUUCCAGAGAGGCAGCGAGUGGCCUCUCUAAGCUUCUAGAAGACGCCUUGCAAACCGCAGAAGGCGAAUUGCGACGAAGAUACCCAGACACACUCCCACACGAAGAACUCAAGAAGCGAGCCGAACUUUUGAGUAGGCUGCGGCUGCAAUUACUUUCGAUAGCAGCACCAAAGAAAGCUGCGAGUUUCCGACCGCUUGUGGGUGCUGCAGCUGCAGCAAAUCUGCGUUUGUGGAUUCUCGGUUUUUCUGUGUCUGCUGACUUUCGCGUCUCUGAAAACGGGGGGCCCCUCCAAGCACGGGGGUUCCUUCCACUGCUGUACAGUUUUGCAAGGGCGUCGCGUAUAAAUGACAAAACAAGUGCGCCAUUGCCUGCCACGCGCCGCCACAUUAGCAUAGAUCUGCCCGUAUUUCCUCAAUAUAGGCCUCUGCCUUCCGAUCACAGGGCCCUCUCUCCUGGAUUUAUCUCGCUACCAUGCCCCUCAGGAGAGCCUCAGCUGACUGAGCUCGAGCGACGGCUGGCAGCGAAGGUCGCUAGUUUUGGUCUGUACCUAUAUCGCAGCGCGGCAGCUCUGGACCCCUCUAUCCUUGUCUCAUUCUUGCUGGACUUGGCCCGCAAUUUCAAUCAAUUCUACGAGACAGAGCAUGUCAUUAGCCGAAACAGCAGCAGCAGCAGCAGAACAGGUGGUGAUGCACGCUGCUCGCCAUGUGACCAACAACAGCCAGACGACACCACGGAAAGGGACUAUGCUCUGGCAAAUCCACUAGGGGAUUGUUGCGAGAAGGUUUCUGUACACCCAGUGCGUCUGCUACUUUGCCGUGCUGUGCAGCAAGCCCUCUCGAAGGGUCUGGAGCUCUUGGGGGUUGAAUCUCCUGCGGAGCUGUAG